UCUGGGGGUGCAAAGGGCAUGGCUCCCCUGGAGGGGGCCCCGAGGAAUCCGCUUCAUUCACCAGGGUCUGGAGUGAGCUUCAAGUCUGACGACGGAGUUUUAGUUUUGGGCGGCGGCCUGCUGCCAUUCAGAGCCCCCAGCAGGCCGGCUGUGAGGAUCAUGCACCCCAGUCCCGAGUCCAUCCGAAGAACAUGGGCAUCCCCCAGGCAGGGGGCCCCGUCGUCUCCGUGAAGACCCUCGGAGCCCAGCGUCCAGGAGCAAGGCUCUGCGCUCAGCAGAAGGAAGCAGCAGAUGCGUCCAGGGAGGCCAGGCCCGAGGCAACGCGGAGCCUAAAGCUUGGAGGAGAGAGAAGGUGCUACACUCACUUCCUGGAGAGCUGGAUACGCGGCUUCUCUCGCGGCCCAGCACUUGGCCCACGCUGUCCGGCGCCACCUGCUGAACGGACAAACGUCUCACCCGAGCAAUUAUUUGGCACCGCGGGUCACCGGGGACCACCAAUGGUGCAAGCGGAUGGAGGAGCUCGUCCCUUCCCUCUCUUGCUUGCCGUGCGGUGUCGGGCGCGUACAGGACCCUGCCACGGCGAGGAGAACGAGGACGGCUUUCUAGUAGAGGACGGAGCGUUGCCAAACGUGUUCCUGGAAAGUUCCAGCAAUACGGACUCUCGGCAGCCGUGGGUGCCUGGCCCCUGCUCCGUCACGGGGUCACCGGCAGUUCCAGAAAAGCCCUGCUCACGGGACCAGCGGGGAACAGAAUCCCGAAGUUCCAAGUCCUAUCCUCUGGCCGUGACACUCAGAAAUUUCUCAGACACCUACUGUACGGAGACCUGCCACGUUCCAGGGCAGCAGCUGCAAAUGCACAGCGAGAGGCCAGACCCUUCCUGCUCCGAGCCAGCUCACAGAAAUGCUGAGGUCAAGGACGUGAGCUACAGCAGAAGCAGGCGACAGCACACCCACAGCCACCAGCCGCUGUACAAGCCCGUGCCAGGCACUUCCACUGACCUGACAGCUUCCUAUGGGGAGAGGAGUUCACCGGAGGCUCUGGAAGCCAGGCCCACGCCUCUCGGACUGCUGGCCCCACCAUACAGGGCUCUGCACUGGCCGGCGCUGUAUCGGGGUGCAGCCCUCACCCUGCGCUGGGCUGGGACGGGCUCCCCGCUGCAGGCCCGGACACCGUUCUCGCUGGGACAGAACACGAAGCUACGGAGAGGAGCUCUUCAAACGCUGCGCGAGGACAUUUCUCUCCGGGAUCUGACCCGGGCCCCAGAACCUCAGGCACCCUCCGUUAAAAAGCCAGCCUCCUUUGAAAGCGGCUUCAUGAACUACGCCGCUUCGAGGCUUCGAGACCUCAACACCGUGUGGCCUGAACAACUCGGGAGGCCCCGGGGACGGCCUGUUAGGUGUUGUUCCGAGUAA